ACAGUCCCUUAAUUUCCGCAUAUCCGGGAAUAUCGAACGUCCAACGUCAAACCAACUUUAUUCCAUUAUCCAAUUACAGUAGGUUUACCUAAUAAACCGCUGAUGGCACCUCAUAACAAUAUAUAUCCACUCUUCAUGUUCUUUAUUAACUUAGAUGAUAAAGAUGAUCAUUCUUUUGUUAUCCUAGCUCUUUAAUCUUUUUUAGUUGAAUUGUCUUUCUUUCUUUCUUUUUUUUUUUUUUUUUUUGCUGACCCCCUGUCUUUCCUGCCUACACUACACCUGCGCAUGCGCACUGGGAUGGUUGCCGGUUGGUUGCUGUAGUUACAGCUCAGGGGAGAGAGAAGCGCUACACCUGCGCUGCUGCUCCUGAGAACUUUAGCUCCGUUUAAUCUUUGUAGUUUUCGCACCAGAAGUCUGCAGGUUGGAGAUGCAUGCUGCCAUAAUCCCAUUUAGCUGACAUACUGCAGAUCUUCUCUGUCUCUGUGGUGGAAAUGCCAGCUGUGAACCAGGACAAAGAGGAUUCUGAGUCUCAGUCAGAAGACGAGCUAGAGUGCCAUCCCUGUAUAGCCUGGAGUGGGAUCAGCAGGAAGAUCCCAGUUCUGCUCUUCCAUGCUGAAGCUGUUGUGUCCAAAGAUGAAACUAUUUGUUCCAUUGGAGAAAGAUACAACUUGGCCUUCAAGAUUGUACGUACAGAGAGUCGACUUGUGCGAGGCAUGCUUAUAAAUCAUGGAUUCCAUGAGGUCCAUCCAAAUAGUAAUGAUUUCAACCUCAUGUGGACAGGCUCCCACCUUAAGACCUAUCUGCUCCGCAGUUUGCAGGAUUUCCAGAAAGUCAACCAUUUCCCCAGGUCAAAUGAGCUGACACGGAAAGACCGGCUGUACAAAAACAUUCAGCGGAUGCAGCAGGCUCACGGAUUUCAAAACUUCCACAUUGUACCUCAGACCUUCGUUCUUCCUGCUGAAUAUCAGGAAUUUUGCAAUGCCUUCUCUAAGGACAAGGGUUCAUGGAUUAUCAAACCUGUUGCAUCUUCCAGAGGCAGAGGCAUCUACCUGGUCAGCAGUCCAAGUCAGAUCUCAUUGGAUGAAAACAUCCUGGUGUCGCGGUAUAUUAGCAACCCAUUAUUGAUAGAUGAUUUUAAGUUCGAUGUGCGAUUAUAUGUAUUGGUGACGUCUUAUGACCCAGUCAUUAUCUAUGUCUAUGAAGAGGGGCUAACUAGAUUUGCUACCGUGAAGUAUGACCAUGCUGUGAAGAACAUCAAGAACCAGUUCAUGCACCUCACCAACUACAGUGUAAACAAGAAGAGCAGUGACUAUGUCAGCUGUGAUGACCCUGAAGUAGAGGAUUAUGGGAACAAAUGGAGCAUGAGUGCAAUGCUGAGGUAUUUAAAACAGGAGGGAAAGGACACCACAUUGCUGAUGGGUCAGAUAGAGGACCUGAUCAUUAAAGCUGUGCUGAGUGCAGAGUUACAGAUUGCUACUGCCUGCAAGAUGUUUGUCCCUCAUCGCAACAACUGCUUUGAAUUGUAUGGUUUUGAUGUUCUCAUUGAUUCCAACCUCAAGCCAUGGCUCCUGGAAGUGAACCUCUCUCCAUCAUUGGCAUGUGAUACUCCUCUUGACCUGAAAAUAAAGGCCAGCAUGAUCUCAGAUAUGUUUUCUCUUGUGGGGUUUGUAUGCCAGGACCCCCUUCUAAAACAGAUGCGGUCAGAUAAGGCUGGAUUGGACCCAGCUGUGAAGAACCACAAAACUCAGCAUCAUUUCUUUGCACAGGCUGCCUCUGCCAAAUCCAGAGUGUGUCAGAGACCUCAGUCUGCCAAUAAUAUUGAGGAGCUGAAAGAGAAACAGGGAGGCAGGCAUGUGGACACGCUGAGCUUGACUGCAGAGGAGUUAAAAGUCCUGAGGAGGACACAGGAGGAGCACGAGAGGAGAGGUGGAUUCAUCCGUAUUUUCCCCACACCACAAACUUGGGAGCUCUACAGUGGUUAUCUGGAAUACAAGACAUCCAUGAACUCCAUGCUGGCUAAUAAACUUUUCCAUGGAAGGUCAGGAAAAUCCUCUGUGAUCACACAAUUCAGGAAUAGAUUGAAGGGUAAUGUGCCCUUAGAAGAGGAGGCCCAUAAAACCUGUCAUGUAGUUCAGUAUGAGAGCAAAUUGCUCUCUCUCGAGGCACGAAGACACAGGAAAAGGAAAACGACUAGCCGUGCCACUCCCCGGCGAAGGAAAACUGGUCGAAGGCCUUUACCAUCAUUAGCACACAGCAGUGAAAAUGAGGAAGCUGAGGAGGGAGAAGAGCGAGGACCACAGGGAAAGCAGGAGCAAACAAUGUCUCAGCCUCAGCCCACCCUGUUGGCGUGGCACCGAACUGAAGUCAGCAAACCCCCCAAAAAAGUGGAUCUGCUCCAUAUUCUCCAGCAGGGGUGGGAUCUCAGUAAGGUUCAGGCACGCAUGGCCUUCUCCUUCUAUCUCCAGCGGGUCCAGAUGAGGCUGCUUGUAGAGAGCAGGACCAACACUACCCCUGCCUGGGCACAAAAGGACAGUGACCAGAUGGAGCUGGUAAUGCGUUUUCUGAUGCGAGCUGCCAGUAACCUGCAGCAGGACAUGCAGGUGGUGUUACCCAGCCGCCAGCUUUCCCUGCCUGACCGCCGUCGCAUACUGGCCCAUCAGCUCGGAGAGUUCAUCCACUGUUAUAACCAGGAGACAGAACAACUAGUAAAAUGUUUGGAAAAGCCUGAAGAUGAAGACCGGUGCAUCAAUUCAAAUGUGUUUCGGGAGUUUAUUUUGGAAGCAAGUGAAAGUGAUCUAGAAGAUGUCCUCACUUUCUACACACACAAGAACAAGUCUGCCAGCGUGUUUCUGGGGAGUUCAAGAAGAGACCAUUAUGAAGAAUGCGGUAAGGGCUCAGGAGAGCUAACAAAGCAUCACAGCAGGAGAACUCCGGUAAAAGCCAAAGAAGGCUCUAGUGCUUCAGGAUUGUCGCUGACUGCCAAGGCCGACUCACCAAAAAACAAAGAAAUCCAAGAGAGUGUAACCAGACCAGGAUGCAACAAAAGCAGUAUAACUGUGAACACGAACAGCCAUAGUAACACUAUCCAAAAUAGUGACAAAUAUAGAACAUUAAAUAAUGGUGGACACAGAAACAACAAAAUUCUAAAUGGAAAUACAGUGACAGAAGGUCAGCCCGAGGCCUCAACUGCCUUUGAGACUCAAACUAAUGAAAGCAAAACAAGAGGUUUACAAGAUGGAGAAAUUUGGAGUAAAAGAUCCCACAUUACAAUUGUCGGAAAUGACGAAGAACUGUCAAAAAUGGUUAAACAGGUUAUCGAGCAGCCUGCAAAAAGUUGUAAAUUGCAAGUCAAGACCCAGGGUUCUCAGCACACGUCAUCAUAUCGUGCAGCCCUAGACUGUGAGCAUAUCCACCUGCAGCAAUGUUUCCCACGAUCUGAACCUGAAGCUCAGCCCCAGGCUCAACCUCCUCCUUAUAUCCAUCCUCCCCCACACCUGCAUGCUGAAUCUCAAAGCAAACCACAAACUACUUUAUCUUCUUCAUCCACAAAUUCUCUGCGGCCUACACGAGUAACGUUGCCUUCAUCAAAUUCAUAUUCACCUGGAUCAUUUACAACUACUGAAGUGCUACAACAAACCCCGGGUUCACAAAUGGCACAGCUGGUCACUAGUGGUGUUUCAUCUUCUAGUGCCUGCACUACAAACAUGUACAGUCAGAAAGUCUUGUGGCCCGCUUCUGCACCGCGAGUGAGUAAUAAGGCCAAUAAGUCCAGACCUGCCUCUGCAGGAGUGGUUAAGGAGCCAGAUUCACUCUCAGCACAGGCCCAGUCAAAUCAGCAGGCUAUUGUGGCUGCCCUGAAGAAACUAGUGGAGAAACAAGCAGCUCGCCAGUACAGCACCUCCAGCCACAUUAGUCUCCUUACACAACAUCUGACCAACCUGAACCUAGCUAAAGGAGUUUUCCGCAGAGGAGUGCAGAGUGUCACGUCAGGAGCUCGGCCCGACACAGCGACAGCUCAACACUCAGGCAUGAACCUCUCUGGUGCUGUGAGUCACAGGAAGGACGACGAUGACGGAAAGAGCCAGAGUGCCUGUAAUUUGGCUACUGGAGCAACUUUGCAGACCUCAUCAGGCAGCUCUCAGCUCCAGUUUGCCAUCCAGCAGCUCCAGCAGCAGAAACUGCAGUCCAGGAAGCUACUGGACCAGAGCCGUUCUCGACAUCAAGUCAUGCUGGAUGGACACACACUUGUGCCUGGUGCUGUACCACGAAACCCUGUUCCCGCCAGCUGUAGUGUUCGGGUCAACUCGCAGUCCCAGACCAGUAUGAAGCAGACAGCAAGUCGGAGAGAUUCAUGCCAUCCUGAACCCCUGCUCUCUACACGGGGUGCCGCUGCUCUGAUUCCCAAACCCCCCAGCAGUACUCCCAAAGACACACUCUCACACAAGACUGCCACUCAAAGGACCAACCAAACUGAUGAUUUAACAUGCUCUCCAGAGCCAGAUGUUCUUCCAGAAAGGCAAGCACCAUAUGAGACUCCAUCCGGAAACAGCUUAUCUAGUCAUCAAAAUGUUGUUUAUGACACCACGUGUGGAAAAACAGGUCUGUCUAUGUACAGCAAAUUAUUCCACACGUAUAGGUCCAGACCUUGAUGAUGGAGCGAUGGCUGGUUCACUGAUUACUCGCUGGUGUUGGAUCUCUUCACAGGAACAAUUUUUAUCAUUCAGACUGAAGUGUCACUAUGGUUUACCAUGAUGGAAUAGAAAAGUCUGUUCAAUUAAUAGUUUGGCUAGAAUACCCACAAUUCUUCCCUUCUUCCCCGAAUGCAGUGAAUCAUUUGAGGUGUAUAGUGUAAGAAAUUAGCCUUUUCAGUUUUUCCACUGGAGCUACAAGUCUAAUGUGGAUAAUAAGCAAAGGAAGCUUAUAGCUGCAAGCCUCCAUCGCAUAAUUGCCCCAACCAGUUGUUAUAUAAUCCCAAAUAGACUUGCUGCUGUGGUUUCUGACAGUGUGACAGUGUUAGCAGUUAGAAUGUGCUACAUAUCUAAAAACAGUAGUAACAGCCACCUUAAAUCAGGUAUCACCUUCUUUAUCAUUCUUGAUGAAGAAGGCAACAUAUGUAGGUAGGUGUAGUUUAAAGUUUAAAGACGAAAUUGUACAUACGAAGUGAUUUGGAUGACAAUUUGGUCAUUUGUAUAUUUAAUUUCUUUUAAUAAGAACUUGCUCUGCAAUUUUAUGAAAAUGUUUAUGUACACAUGGUAUUAUUGAGCCAAACCAUGUCUUUUGAAGCAAGUGAUGUAUACAUUCCAUUUGCAUGCCAUCUUACACUGGUACCCUAAAACUGUCCGUAUUUGUCAGCAACAUGAGCCUUAUAGCUCUAAUACAAAACUGAAGAAAACUAAACAUGGGGGAAAUUUUGUGUAAAAUGAAUUUUUUUGGCUGAACUAUUCCUUUAAACAAAGUGACAUCUAUAUCCACUCCUCUUUGCUCUUUGCUAGCAUACCAUAAACAUUUUUAUAUUCUCUUCUAGCUAAUCUUGUUUUACUGUUAUCUUGCUUUAUGUCCCAGCCCCCGCACUAGACAAGAAUCAUAUCUUUCCUUAGGGUGGAGGAACAGCUGACAAAUGCUGCUACCCCUGAGACCGUGUCUGACAUAAAACCGACCUUAUUUAUUUUUUUUGGAGAGCAUGUGGCUGUGAGGAUAGCAUGCUGUGUAAGAAAUCCCUGGCUUUGACACGAGCGCAGAUCUGUUCCAUGGCCCAAGAUUUUCCGGUGGCCUUCAGUUCCUCCCCGUCCUAUUGCUGCAGUUGUCCAGCCCCAUUCUCACCCUGCAACUGCUGCCAUCAAAAGACUAUGUGAAUAGACAGGCAACAACAGCUGUUAACUCCACUCAGCCUCUCGGCCUGAUCGCUGGAACAGACCAGAAGAUUGAUAAAACAAAAAGCACAGUUUGUCAAGAAACCACAAAGCAGACAGUCCUCUAUCAUGAAGCCUUUGCUGUGAUGGAGCCCUUACUGAGCUUCACAAAGCCGUGGCACUGGAGACUUCCUCCAGAAAUGUUAAAUAAACAUCUCCUAACAGGAAGCUUCACAAUAUCAGUGAUGAUACUUUUCUCUUUUUUUUGGUCAAAUGAAUGCCCUCCAUACAAGUCCCUGUGAAUAAGCUGAAAUGAUAACAUAUUAGAAUGAGUGCAUUAAUAUAAACACUUUCAGAUUCAAGAAUUCAACAAUGCUGUGGUAUAAUGCUGAUUAUAAAGAGCAUUAAGGCUGAUUAUAAAGAACAUUGAUGCUGAUUAUAAAUUAUUGCCAAAGGACAAUUGCUUUUGGUGAUCAGCACACAUACCGUCACGUAUCAAUAAGCACCGUGUCCGUCAGGACCAUAAUACUCUCCUCAAGUGCCUCAUUACGGUGCCACAUACUGCUUGUGUAUUGAGUUUUAUUACCUUGUGUGCUGUAUUUUAUGAUCAGUUCCAAAUGUACUGCACUCAUGCUAGCAGACUGAAACAACUGAAUCUCUAGGACAUAAUGGCUCCAUUGUAUCAGUGAUUGGUGUACUUCAUUAACAGACCCUGAAAAUAAGUCUGGUUGAUAAAUCGAGGGACUCUUCUUAAUGUCUUUCCAUAGAAAGCAGUUUUUCCCUUCUACAGUGUACACCAGUGUUAUCCAUUUACAGCUCCAUAGGGCAGCAAGUCUUAUUUCAUGAAGAGUUAAUAGUUUAAUAUCUUAAAAGGCUGGGCAGUCUGCAUGACUAAUUGGUGGGUUUUGUUGAUGUUUUACAAAACUUCAACAUAUUUUUGACACACGUUAAUUAGAAGAAAUGGUGUUUCUGCUUUUAGCUGCAGGUCAUUAGUUAUUCUCAGUCAUAAAGUCUGGCCAGCAAUGUACUGUAUAUUAUUGAUGUAUGCAAAAUAAAGCCUGCUGUCCCCCAUUGAGGAUAUUGUACUGUAACAUUUAUCAACUCAGGGUUUGGCCAUUUAAAGAACAUUUAUUUUUAGCUUUUACAAUGGUAUUGUUUGAUAUUGUAAUUUGUCUUGUGUGUGUUAUUGUAAAUCCAAAAUGUUGCAUUAUGAAUUAUUUCAGUAUGAAACCAAAUACUGAAAGUGUAUGACCAGAAUGUUGUAUGAAUACUGCGUGAACACAUUUUUUUUUUUGAGUCAUUGAUAUUUGUAUAUAGUACAGAGUAGGAAAAAAACAACAUUUUUUUGCAGAUAGUAUGACGUGAAAUGCUUUUGAUUUCUUCUCCAUUGAUUUUUACUACAAUGUAGAAGAGAGCUGCUUUUUCUGUGGCACAGCUAAAAGAAUAUAAGAUGCCUGCAGUAAGGGAAAAAGCAGGCCAGCCUUUCCAACCAGUAAAAGACUUCAAUCCAAAGAUGCCUGAAGAUGAAUGACUAUAGUCAUGGUUUUCUUAUCAGAUUCCUGAUGCUACAGAGUUAUGCUGUGUUGUUGGGUUCCAUGUUGUGCAUCAUUACCUGGCCUACUGAACAAACCUAAAAAAAAGUCUGACAGGUAACAGAGGUAAGCAUCCAAAACAAAAUAUUUUCUCACUAACAUUUCUUUCCAGCAUGUAUCAUUAUUAAUAUUAUUUAUGACACGUCUUGUAUUCAUUAGCCUGUCUUGUAGACAAACAGUGUGGGAAACCGUGAAGACCACAGUACAAUGUUCAGCAAGGACGAAUCCUGUGCAUCAAGGCUUUUUACACUAUAAACAAAAACCUGACGGUCGCCUGAGUGUCAGCCAGGCAAUGCUCUUGUUAACUCUUAAGUCUGUUUUGAUAUAUCCAGUAGGGAUUAUCAGUUUUCCUUUGUGUCCUGACCACAGCUGCUAAGACAUUCUGGAUAAAGCAGCUUCUGUAUUAGUCACUAAGUGAGUGCUGUCAGUUUAAUAUAAUUCAGCCGGUUCAGAAAUGCCCAAGACAUUUGUACGGUGGCACAGACAGUUCAAAAUGUAAAAGCAACAGGUAUAGGUGGAGAAAAAGUGGGGGAAGGGAUAAAUCAGCCCAAAUGGUCUACGUGGAGGUCCGAGGGUUGGAAGAGUAGCAUUUGAUGGCAAAGCCACCUUGGAACAAAACUCAUUAUAGGAAAUGUAGUGCUUCAAAGUGUCAUGCUCCAGGGCCUGAAAGUGGAGAAGAAGAAAGUAUGGAGGUAUUUUUAAGUCCAGUUCUGGCCCCUCUAACCCUCCCUCUUUUUGCCAAGGUGGUAAGACCUCUGAAGGGCUGCCACUGGUGCUGAAACUCUCAGCUGCACUUGCAAGAUUUGACAAUCAUGUUGGAAAGUUGCUCCACUUUCGGUGUUCGUCCAACAUAGUAGAGGAUGGUUAGAGGUUCGAGGUCCUGUGGCACGCAGCAUGGUGACGCUGAGGCUUCUGGGUUCAGAGUGUUGUACAGGCUCAGCAACUACAUGGGAAGAACAAGUUUAAUAGUUAACCCUUAUGUUCUAUUCAAGUUUUUACUCCAAAUUUUAAAGUUGGUGUGCUGCUUGGCUCAAGUUUAAUUAAAAUGAAAAAUAUUUUUUUAAAAGUCAGAUAUUACAGGCAUUUUUUUUUUUUUUUUUACCAAAAGGUAUUGUGAACUUAAGGUCACCUUAACUCGUAGACAGAAUGUUUAAAGUGAUGCUCGUGCUACCAUUUGACAGAUAUUUGAAUUAUUGCGCUUUUGGGAAACUCUGCCCUGAUUAUAGUUGCUGUUGUGUUUUCUCUUAUUUGUAUGCAUAUAGCUUUUGCAGACUAAUUGUGAACGCCCCAUGGUUUCAUUUUUAGCAGUGGCAUUUAACAGCUAUAUAUAUACAUUGCAUUUUGAUAUUGGGAAUUUUAUAGGAUGGUUUUGAAGUAGGGUGGUUUUUGUCAAGCAGAUUUGGCAACCCUGCUAGUCACGAAAUACGAUCACAAGAGGGUCACUGGAGACACAGUGAAGACCCCUGAACACGCCUGGUGUAAAUGGUGAUCUAUCUCAGCUGUCAACUUGUGAUGUGAUGUUAAUGGCAGGUCUUCACCUGUCAUUAAAGGGAUUUGUGCAUUACCUGCCAUAAAUUUUUCUUAUAAUUAUCUUAUACCACAAUGCUGUUUAAUUCUCGAUUUUGAUUGUUGUUGAUGAAUUUUCUAUAACAGCAACUGUGACACCAGUGCCAGCUGUAAGGCAAAUCAGGUUAAAUUAAAUGCACCCAUUCUGACGUGUUUCUAUAGUAACAGCUCAUUCACUCGGACUUGUGUGCUGUUAUUUAACAAAACAUAAUUGUUGAUAUGGUGAAGUUUUCAGUGAGGAGAUUUUAUUUGACAUUUAUGGAAGGAGUCUCCAGUGUCAGCACAUUUAGUAUACACAUAACAGUUAGAGGCUUCUAGUACCUAUUGCUUUGUUUUUUUGUAAGAGAGGGAAGACUGUUUAUAGCUGCUAUAACAUGAGUCGUAACGGGAACGAACAGCAGCUGUCGCCUGGUGUCCUACUGAAGCUAAGCAGGGUUGAGCUUGGCCAGUACCUGGAUGGAAGUGGUAUUAGUGAAGCCAGCAGGGGGUGCUCGCUAUGUGGUCUGUGUGGGGCCUAAUGCCCCAGUAUAGUGACAGGGACACUAUACUGUAAAAACAGCACUGUCUUUCGGACAAGACAUUAUACUAUUAAGAUUAUACUAUUACGACACUUAAUGAAAAUAAUUCAUUUUUUAAAUUUGCUGUUGAAUGAAUGAAUGAAUUAAUUAAUUAAUUUUAAGCGUCCUUUCAUACCGAGCUGUGUGUGGUGUCAGCGCUGCGCAAGUAAGGACAUGGCCCUGAGCAGAAGUUAGCGUGGUAUCCUUUUGGCUCAUGGAUCCAUCUCCAGCCCAAAUCCUGUCGGAAAUCGAUGUAAAGCGGGCGAACACAGCAGUUCUCCUCAUAAUUACUGCAGUGGAGGAAGAGAGACAGACACAGGAUGAUCAGCUGCUCCAGUGCUUUGCAAUUAAUUUCCUUAUGCACUAUAUACCUUUUUAUUCUGCUGCUCUGCUUUCUUGGCACAGCUGCUGCAUUCAUUCAAUGACAUUUCCAUAGCCUCAAUGAAGUAAUACAGCCAAUUCUUACUUGACGUUUUUUAAGCCUUCUAUUUUCAUUCUGUAUUGCCUUAUAAACAGCUCAAGCUGUGCCUUUCGGAGGCUCAGAAAUUCCA